AUGCCGAGAGCUAGACUCGACGUCUUCUUCGUGUAUUUCAGCGAAUGGAGGCAUCUGAAGACUCUGCUGGGGCCCAUGUCAUGCUGGUUCCUGCUGGAUGUGGCGUUCUACAGGGUCAACCUGAAUCAAUCUGUGAUUCUUACGGAGUUUGGGGUCUCCCAGGGAGCCAACGAGUACGACGUGUUGAAGAGGAAUGCUAUCGGCAACUUGAUGAUCGCCAUAGCCGGCUACGUGCCUGGGUAUCUCUUCACAAUCUUCUUCGUUGAAGCGACAAAUUAG